CGUCGACUCCGGUGUACUACGCAGCGACGACCGUGUCUCCGCCGCCGCCGCCGACCGUACCACUGUGUGCGUGUUCGUCGAUCCGUUCGCGUUACCGUGUCCGACCGUGUUUGUUUGAGUGUGUGUUGGUGUGUGUGUGUGCGCGCGCGCGCGGCGCCGUAGAUCGAUAAAGCGCACGGCGGUCUGUCCUGCUGCACUAUUCUGUUGCUACAAACGCCGGCUGCCUAUCACACUGUCCGCCAGCGACGUUAUCACUCCGCCGGUCCAAUACGCCAAGACGUGUCAAUAUAUCACCCAUGUCCCACGUUUAACAGGUUGACAUAAAUUGAGUAUGGCAGUCACAAAAAUAUGCUGUAUUGGUGCUGGAUAUGUUGGUGGACCUACAUGCAGUAUAAUAGCAAUGCAGUGUCCACAUAUAAAAGUCACGGUUGUAGAUAUAAGUGCUCAACGUAUAUCCCAAUGGAAUUCAGAAAAAUUACCCAUCUACGAACCCGGACUGGAUGAUAUUGUAAAGAACCGAAGAAAUGUAAACUUAUUUUUUUCUACAAACAUCGAAGAAUCUAUCCAAGAGGCAGAUUUAAUUUUUAUUUCUGUAAAUACUCCUACAAAAACAUUUGGAGUAGGCAAAGGACGUGCUGCUGACUUAACAUACGUUGAAAACUGUGCUAGGACUAUUGCCCAAGUUUCAACUAGUGAUAAAAUAGUAGUGGAAAAAAGUACAGUACCAGUACGUGCAGCGGAAAGUAUAUUAAAGAUUUUAAGUGCUAAUCAUAAGCCGAAUGUAAAAUUUCAAGUAUUAUCUAAUCCUGAGUUCUUAUCUGAAGGCGUGGCUGUUGAAAACCUGUUAAAUGCUGAUAGAGUUCUUAUAGGGCACGAAGAGACGGCCGAUGGCUUAUGGGCUUUUAAGGAGCUCAGUAAAGUCUAUUUGAAUUGGAUACCCGAAGCAAAGAUCCUUAGGACAAACACUUGGUCUUCGGAACUAACCAAACUAGCGGCUAAUGCAUUUCUUGCUCAACGGAUUUCUAGUAUUAACUCGAUGUCUGUAAUAUGUGAAGCGACUGGGGCAGAUGUCAGUGAGGUGGCUAAAGGCAUAGGUCUUGAUUCCAGAAUUGGACCCAAAUUUUUACAAGCGUCAGUUGGUUUCGGAGGCAGUUGUUUUCAAAAAGAUUUACUUAAUUUAGUUUAUAUAUGUGAAUGCUUAAAUCUUCCACAAGUAGCUGUUUAUUGGCAACAAGUACUAGACAUGAAUGUUUAUCAAAAAUCUCGAUUUUCAAAUAAAAUUAUUGAAUCACUGUUUAAUACGGUCACCGGUAAAAAAAUAACAAUGUUUGGAUUUGCGUUCAAAAAAGACACAGGAGAUACUCGUGAGUCACCUGCAAUACACGUUGCUAAGACGUUACUUGACGAAGGAGCAAAACUUAAUAUAUAUGACCCGAAGGUGGAACCUGAACAAAUCAAAAAAGAUCUCACGCACUCAUAUGUUACUGAUAAUCCAGAAAACGUAAUUAGGUCUAUCGAAAUUCACGACAAUCCAUACAAAGCUUCACACUCCACACACGCUAUUGUAAUAUGCACUGAAUGGGACGAAUUUGUGAACUUGGAUUACGAAGAAAUUUAUAAACAUAUGAUAAAACCAGCAUUUAUUUUUGAUGGUCGCAAGAUUCUGAACCAUGAAACUUUGGCUACAAUCGGUUUUCAAGUUCAUACAAUUGGAAAACGUUGAAUUAAAAAAAAUAUUGCCUAAUUUGUCUUCCAUUCAACCAUAUCAAUUAGGUAUUCUUGCCACUACCAGAAAAUAUCAGUAAAUAAUAAAUAUAUUUAUAUUUUUUUUAUAUUUAUAUCUUAUAACUUAUAUAUAAUCUAGAAUAAACUUUUAAUACAUUUAU